AUGUUUCAUCACGCACCUACAUCCGGCUUUUUCUCAUGCACGUCACCUAGCGCCGCCCUUAACAAGGGCUUCUGGGCUGGUCUAGCAUUGAGUGUAGAUUGCUCAGUGUUGGCCUCUUUUGCAGCCCACUCGCUUCAAUGCCAAGUCGACGGCCAAAGGGGCAAGUUUAUGGCCACAACGGGUUUCAUCUUUGUGCAGCCUGUAGCCACCGUCGAGGUUGGGGUACAGUCCACCGCAUAUUGCUUCACAGACGAGCACAGGCCAGCAUCUCCAGACUCUCCAGAGCUUUUCGAGUAG